UGAGGAGGAAGAAGAGAAACAACCUAAACUCGAGAGUUGAGUCUCCAUUGUUUGUCAGAUCUGGCCUCACCCACUUAGCACUCGCAGUGUAUAUCCUGUGUCAAGUUUAUGCAAAUUUGAAGAGCGGAUAUCAAACUUAAAUCCCCGAAAUGGAUGCUUUGAGGAGACAAGCUAGCAAGCUAAGAGAACAAGUCGCCAAGCAGCAGCAGGUUCAAGCUGUAAUGAAGCAGUUCGGUGGGUCUGGUUAUGAAAGCUCAGAUGUAAUGGUUAUUGAUGAGGUUGAGAUGCAGAGGCACCAACAGCUUGAGAAACUGUACCGAUCUACUCGUGCAGGAAAGGAAUUCCAGAAAGAUAUUGUUAAAGCAGCGGAGGCAUUGACUGUCAUAGGGUAUAAGCAUAUUGAGACAGGAACAAAGUUGGCCGAGGAUUGCUGCAAAUAUGGAGCCGAGAACAUUGCUGAUACUGACAACCUUCUUCCUAAGACUGCGGCUAUUUAUGGUGAUUCUCGUAAACAUGUGGAAAAGGAACAAGAAGACCUUAACCGACUGUUGUCUUCGCAGGUAUUAGAUCCCUUGAGAGCGAUGAUCAAUGGUGCUCCUUUGGAAGAUGCUCGUCAUCUUGCUCAACGUUAUAGUCGGAUGAGACAGGAAGCGGAGACACAGGCAGCAGAGGUUUCCAGAAGACAAGCUCGGGUAAAGGAAGCUCCAACACAUGAAAAUGUUGCAAAGCUGCAUGCUGCAGAAUCUAAAUUGCAAGAAUUAAAAGCAAAUAUGGCGGUUCUUGGUAAAGAAGCUGCAUCUGCAUUAUCUGCUGUGGAAGCACAACAGCGAAGGUUGACUUUCCAGAGGCUUGUUGCAUUGGUUGAAGGAGAAAAGAAUCACCACCUUAGAAUAGCUGCUAUAUUUUCUGAGGUUGAAGCAGAGAUGGUCUCAGAGAAGCAGCAUAAAGAGUCUGCUCCCCCGGUGAAGCUUCCUGUCAUGUCAGAGAACUUCCAAGAGAAAACGACGUACUUCCUUGCUGAAGCUACGCAUCCAUUUAGUGCUGCAUCAGUGAAAGAGCUGAGCUUGGCAGUGGGCGACUAUGUUGUUGUGAGAAAGGUAAACCCAUCAGGAUGGUCAGAAGGUGAAUGCAAAGGAAAGGCAGGUUGGUUUCCAUCGGCAUAUGUGGAAAAGCGCCAGAGAAUUCCCUCAAGUAAUGGUGCUGCUGAAGUUUAUUAGUUCUUUUGUUCACAUGUAAUAAUUUGAAAAGAAAGGGAAAAGACCGUGCUGUUUGUGUUCGCAGGUGCUGUACCUACUGCUUCUUUGCAUGCUUCUGUUUCAUUGACAAAUUUACAUUUACUCUGGCAUUACAUUCGUUCAUUCAAGUUAGAAGAUGGUGGCCUUUGUCUGUGGAAA